GAAGAAGAAGCAGAAGAGCAGGAAGGAUAUUAGGAAGAUGCGUAUGGUGUUCUAGGUUUAAUAAGCUUGUCGUUUACAAAUUCCUUGCGCUUCUUGAAUCGCGUUUUCUUAUUGUACUAGGAAUAUUUAACCAGCCAAGAUGUUUAACAGAAUGACAAGCCUGUGGAUGGGUGAUUUAGACCCAUACAUGGAUGAAAAUUUCAUUAAGCAAGCCUUCAGCACUAUGGGGGAGACUGCCUACGGGGUUAAAAUCAUAACACAUCGGGUAACAGGAGGCUCGGCUGGAUAUUGUUUUGUGGAGUUGGCAGAUGAGGCCAGUGUUGACCGAUGUGUCCAGAGGCUCAACGGCAAGCUUGUCCCUGGAUCUAAUCCUCCCAGAAAGUUCAAGCUGAACUAUGCAACAUAUGGGAAAAGGCCUGAGCCUGGGCCUGAGUUUUCUGUCUUUGUUGGCGACCUGACACCAGAAGUCGAUGAUUAUCAGCUGCAUCAGUUCUUCCUGAAAAAAUACCCUUCAUGCAAAGGAGGCAAAGUUGUCACAGAUCCCUACGGAAAUUCAAAGGGCUAUGGCUUUGUGAAGUUUGGUGAUGAAAGUGAGCAGAAGAAAGCCCUGGAGGAGUUCCAGAAUGCUACAGGUCUGGGUGGCAAAGCCAUCAGAAUCAGCAUCGCAGUCAACAAAAGCAACAAAACAAACAGCUACCACAACCAGAGUCACACCUACAACAGCAAUUACCAGCAGCAGUACUAUCAACAGCCUUACAACAAUUACUACCAACAGUGGGGUUACGAUCAGUACAGCGGCUACAACUACGGCUAUAACCCUUAUGCAAUGCCUCCUCCUGUUCCUCAUGGAAUGAUGGGACCACCCCCGCCAAUGGGAAUGCCCCCCGUGCCCCCAGACAUGCAGACAACCACCGAGCAAACCCAAGAUGCCACUGAAGAGGCUGAAGAGGAGAAUGAAGAGCCAAAUCCCCCAGUGGAUGUCGAGUCCCUAAACAAACAGUACAUGGAGCGCAGUGAGGAGCUGUACGAGUCACUUAGGGAUUGUUACUGGCAGCCUUUGGAUUGCAUCACAUCUGAGAUCUCAUAAUGGAAUAUUGCUGAGAUUAUCCAGAUCUUUUUUUUUUCUGUAAAUGUUUGCCUUUUUAUCCAACUCUCUUUUCAAAAAUAAAAGUGUACACAUUUGGUCUAUUUUA